UCCACUUCCGCGUCCUACGUCACUCCCCUGUCAUGGCUGCCCCCGUGGCUCUCAUUCAGGGCUCCAGCAGAGGACUGGGGCUGGAGUUCUGCAGACACAUCCUGAGAAGCAAAACUCCCGCUGCCGUCAUAGCGACAUGUCGGGACCCGGACGGGGCGGCCGAGCUGCGGGGCCUGGCCGGUCAACACCCGGGCAGGCUCACGGUCCUCCGGCUGGACGUGAGCCGGGAGGAGGACAUCCGAGGAGCCGCGCAGCGGGUUAAGGAGAGCUUCGGUCGGCUGGACCUGAUCGUCAACUCGUCGGCGAUGCUUCAUCCCUCCGGGAAAGGAGAGACCAGCCUGAGAGAUGUCUCUGCUGAGGGCAUCAUUUCCACCCUGACGACAAACACAGUGGGUCCUCUGGUGAUGGCUAAGUACUUCGCCCCCCUCCUUCAGAAGGGUGGAGGAGGUUUUGGUCAACAGCCCGCAGAGAAAGCCAAACAGCACAGUGGCAUCAUCGUCAACAUCACGGCCAAAGUGGGAUCCAUUGGGGACAACGGUCUUGGGGGUUGGUACAGCUACAGAAUGUCUAAAGCAGCUCUCAACAUGGCCACAAGAAAUCUGUCUAUAGAGCUGGGCCGCAGUCGACCCAAGGUGGUGUGUGUGUCCUUACAUCCAGGAACAGUGAGCACAGACCUCUCCCGACCGUAUCACAGGAAUGUGCCAAAAGACAAGUUGUUCAGCACUGAACACUCUGUGAACUGUCUGAUGAGCAUCAUCGAGGCACUGAACAUGGAAAAGACUGGCAAAGCUUACAACUGGGACGGAACCGAACUUCCCUGGUAGAAGUUCAGAUAAAUGGACAGAGAGAUAAUUUAUUCACCUCUUAUGUUGAUGCUAAUACUCUCAGCUCCGUUUGGAUUGUGCACUGACAAAUCAUCAGAAAUUAAGAUAAUGAGGUCUCUGGUGGAGUCACAGUCUAAACAGUUUUACCUCUUCCACUACCUCACAUCCAGCCAAAGUGCUUUGAUCACCUGUGACCCACACAAAGGCCUUAUGCUACUGUAGGUGCCCACACUGAUGAUCUAAUGUCUAAUGGAUGGGACUCAUAUUUAUUAUCAUACUAACCUUAACGGGUCUUUUUUGCAGUAUUACUUAAUAUCACCAAAUGAUUUAUGAUAAAGAAAUACUUUAGAGUUGUGCUUAUUCACUUUCAGGGUUAGCUUAGCACAAAGACUGGGAAACACUAUCCUGGAUUUGUCCAAAGGUAGAAAAACAAAUCUACCUACCAGUAACUCCAAAGUGCAGAAAGUAACCUGUUGUUUUCCAUCAUGUUAGUCUGCAGUAAAAACACAACUGUUGUGGUUUUACAUGAUUGAUCUUCUCAUCUCUAUCCAACAAUUAAAGAAAUAAAAGCAUCUUCCCCAAAAUGUGGAACUU